AUGAAAUCAUUAAUCUUAGCCAUAACCACGGGGUUAGCAUUCAGUGGUAUAGGACUUGCGUUUCCGUUGGAAGGAACAGAUUCUCAAGAUCCUGGCUUUCUAGCCUUUCUUUCUAAACGAGCCAUAACAAGUCCAGACAACACCUGUGGAGAUUCAUUUGCAGGAUCUAACAAGAGCUAUUCUUGUGAUGCUACUGCAAACACAGGAGGAUGCUGUUCGGCAUAUGGGUAUUGUGGUAACACAACAGACUACUGUGGGACUGGAUGCCAAUCGGCAUUUGGUACUUGUUCAGGUGCAACAGUUCAACCAUCCGGUAACUCGUUCUUAUGCGGAGCCAGCAAUGCAGGGCUUUCCUGUACCGGAGGACUUUGCUGUUCUGGAUCAGGAUAUUGCGGGAACACAACCGAUUAUUGCGAUGUAGGGUGUCAGUCUAAAUAUGGAGCUUGUACUGCAGAUGCCAGUGAGCCCACCACAGGAGGAACCUGUGGUCCAAAUUUUGGUGGGGCAACUUGUGGAGGAAACCAAUGCUGUAGUGUUUCUGGAUACUGCGGAACCUCCCAAGACUAUUGUGCUGACCCGGGAAGUUGCUUACUUGGAUAUGGAAGGUGCGACUCGGAUGCAACGCCUGCCGGUGUAUCAACUCUCGAUGCUGUAAGACCAUUAAUGGGGCCUAUCACCUACAAGGAUGACAUCUAUGACUGCGUGCAAACAGGUGUGGUGGCUCUAACCUACGAUGAUGGUCCAUACAACUACACAUCCGAUCUGCUGGAUAUCUUGAAGUCAUAUGGCUACCAAGCGACAUUCUUUAUCACGGGCAACAACAAUGGAAAAGGAGAGAUCGAUAUCACUGCCCCAUAUCCUUCUUUGAUUCAACGUAUGAUUGCCGAGGGUCAUCAAGUUGCAUCUCAUACUUGGAGUCAUUAUUCUCUUUCGAACAUUUCCCACGACCUUAGAAUGCAGCAGAUGGUCAAGAAUGAGAUGGCAUUUAACAACAUCAUUGGAAAAUGGCCAACCUACAUGAGACCCCCGUAUUCUGAUUGCACUGAAGCGUCAGGAUGCUGGGCAGAUAUGCAGACUCUGGGAUACCAUAGAGUCUAUUUCGAUUUGGACACUCAGGAUUAUUUGAAUCCUUUACCAUCGCAAAUUCAGAACUCCAAGAACAUUGUACAAAAGGCACUUGCUUCAACAACCGUUGUAGACUACUUAUCUAUUCAACACGAUAUUGUACAACAAUCUGUAGGGAACCUUUCCAGCUACUAUUUCGAUCAAAUCAAGGCCAAAGGCUGGAAGGGUGUCACAGUAGGUGAGUGUCUGGGAGACACUGAUAGGACCAAUUGGUAUCGCUCUCUCAACACUACAUCCAUCCCAACAACGCCGGGCUCUACGGCAACAACAAGUGUCAAAGGUUCUGCUGUAUCCGCGACUGCCACUUCUUCCUCGACCGGAACAGAAAAGCCACCGGGAGCCACCUUGAGAUCCACGAGCACUGCCCCUAGUUCCGUGAAGUCAUCCACAAGCUCUGCAAAAACCUCUACAAGCUCCGUAAAGGCUUCAACUACGGCCAAGCAACCUACUUCUGCGGUUGCAGCAACACCAACAAAAUCUCCAACGCCAGGCGCAACAUGCGCUGUGUCAGCAGGAAAUUGGUGUGGCAAGAUUUCACCUUUUACCAAUAUGCUGACAUGCCAAAAAUCGGCAGCUGCCUGCUAUUCAGACACCUUGAAAUGCGCCACGACUGCUGGGUGGAAGAACUUGAAGACAUGCAGUACUUUUACCGCAAUUUGCGAAAAGCUGACGCUUUAUUGUUUAAAAUGUGUGAAAUCUAGUUGCUCGAACGCCGCUUUUGGAUAUUGA